AUGUAUCAGGUUUUUCAUAUCUAUCUAUCUAUCUAUCAGGUUGUUCAUAUCUAUCUAUUUAUCUAUCUAUCAGGUGUUUUAUAUCUAUCUAUCUACCAGGUUUUUUUUUUAUAUCUAUCUAUCAGGUUUUUCAUAUCUAUCUAUCUAUCUAUCUAUCUAUCUAUCUAUCUAUCUAUCUAUCAGUUUUUUCAUAUCUAUCUAUCUAUUUAUCUAUCUAUCAGGUGUUUUAUAUCUAUCUAUCUAUCUAUCUAUCUAUCUAUCUAUCUAUCAGGGUUUUUUUAUAUCUAUUUAUCUCUCUUUCUAUUAGGUUUUUCAUAUCUAUCUAUCCAUCUAUCUAUCUAUCUAUCUAUCUCUCUCUCUCUCUCUAUAUAUAUAUAUAUAUAUAUAUAUAUAUAUCAAGCUGUUUAUAUCUAUCUAUCUAUCUACCUGUCAGGGUUUUCAUAUCAAUCUAUCUAUUUUGCCUUUAUUGUUAUCUCUGUCACCACUUAA